UUUUCCCUGGGAAAUUGGUCGGAAAUGCCUGCGAUAACUGACAACAACAAUGGAGGCCUAUCGAUUUUAUGUAUGUUUGAAAUUAUGUGAAAUACCCAAAGCUACCGGGUUUACCCGCCAAAUGUUUUGUCUCCGUCUUCAGAUGCUGCAGCGUGUGGUGGUGGUGGCGGCAGAGAGUCUUAAGUUACUGGAACAUCAGCUGAUGGACAGAGAGCAGAUUCAAGAUGUCCGGGUGGUCAUGCGCCCUCCUCUGGAUGCCUACGACGUGUUGAUUCACCUGAACCCAAAGCAGGUUCCCCUCCUUGCUCAGGCAGUGGACCCUCACCCUGUCACUUUCAGCAGGGGCCUCAUGGCUGGCCGCAUCGCCCCGUCUGGAGGGGCCCUGCCUGUGAUCGACUACAACCCUGUGUCGCUCUACCUGGCAGAGCUCAGAGAUGCUUUUGGCGACCUAGCCCUUUUCUUCUGCGACCCUCAUGGCGGAACAGUGAUCGCAGUUUUAUGGAAGCCAAAGGCCUUCGUCCCAAUAGGCUUCAAGACGUCGCAGAUGUCUGCGCGGAAAGUGGAGGUGAAUGGGGAGCAAGCGAAUACCAUUCCCAACGUCGAGGCCAUACUGGAGGACUUUAGGAUCCUGGGAAAGGGCUUGAUCAAGUCUGUGGACGCCAGGACUGAAAAAUGGUCAUUUUAGACAUAGCAUUUCCUUGAAAGACGGAACAAUGAAAAAAUUGAUUUUUAGAUUUUUGUCAGCACUGUUGUCGGUCAAUGUGGUUAAAGAGGAACUAGAUGUUUUUCUGUCAAAGGCUAUGGCUAAUAAAAUCUUAUGUACUCUUGA